GUUGCUUCACCUCAGUUCCACAAAUUCCUCUGAACAGAGCAGUUCCAGGCUGUGACAACACCUUCAAGGCAAGACAACUAUCAUGGAGAAAGGACAAGGACCCCCUCCCCAAAUUCCAGCACCACCUUACCCUGGCCCUCCUAUGGGAAUUGCACCUGCAGUUCAACCUGCUCAACAGCCUGCUUACCAAUACAACGCACAGCAGCCAGUGACAGUUCAACCUGUGACCCAGGUGGUGGUGGUGAACCCAAACCAGCUGGGAGACGUUCCUGGACAUAUGGCUUGUCCUUAUUGCCACAAUAACAUUAUCACUCGAACUGAACACACAAACGGUCUUCUCACAUGGGUGAUCUGCGGCACACUCGGAAUCUUCCUCAUCUGGCCUUGCUGCUUGAUCCCCUUCUGCGUGAAUUCUUGCAAAGACGUGGAACACUACUGCCCCAUCUGUAACAACGUCAUUUACAAAUACAAACGCAUGUGAGCAGAACUGCAUUGUAAACUAUUCAGAUCGCAUCAUCUUGAAGGCAGCACUCCUGUGUCAUAUGGUUAUUCCUGUAUUACUGCAUUGUCUAUAUACUGAGCUGCACUACCUUAUGUGACAUAAGAGUGAACUUCAUUAUCUGGACUUUAACCAAUUCAUAUGCCAACAUACACGUAUAUUUUCUGUAGUUAAUAUAAUGUUCCAGCAUAUCAGUAGAUGAAUAUAAGAGCAUAAGUAUGUGAUCUAAUAGAAAUGUGAUAUUUCAGACAUAAAUGUUGUAUUUCAUAA